AUAUAUUAAAUGUAAUGUAAAUGUAAAUUAAAUGUAAUACAUAUAAAUAUGUAGUUAAAACGCAGAUAAAUUUUUCGUCUCGGUUUACAUUUUGAUACCAAUUGUGGAAAUCUAAUUAUAUUUUCUAUUAACAAUAUUUUAAAAUGUUCGGUAAAUCUUAUUUUCCACGAUGAAUACGUUAUUUGACUUACCAAAUGUUAUCUUUAAUUAUUAUUUUGUGAUCGGCGGUUUGUUUAUAGCAUAUUUAAUAUAUCGAACGUUUCAUUCCCUUAUUGGGACCGGGAAUUUUAUACAGAUUAAGUACAAAUCUCGAGGUCAUACAUGGAGAAACAUUCAGUGUCAUAAUUCUAAUCCAUAUAAUAUUUAUUGUUCAGUGUGUUCAAAGCUUAUGUUGCCAGUUGAUGGUCUUUACUGUGAGUGUUGUGCUGUAAGCGCCUGUAAGCUUUGUUGCAGAAGUGUUGAUAAAAAAGUAAAAUGUAAAGAUAUAACUUGGCGAGAUGAAAAACCAUUUCCUCACCUGUGGGUUAAUGUUGGAAUGAUACGUGGUGAGACCGGUCAGAGUGAUUCAGAGAGUUUUAAGAAUUACUUCUGCAGUUGGUGUCAAAGAAUUAUUAAAAGUCAUGAAAUGGCUUUGUUUAAAUCAAAGCCAUGUGAUUUCCAAAAGUAUAAAAAUAUCAUAAUUCCACCUCAUUAUGUAAACAUUGAAAAAAAUAAAAUGAUAAACAUAAAUCAUACAAAUGAUGUUGCCUGGAAUCCUUUAAUUAUAUUUGCAAACAGAAAAUCUGGAAGCAAUAGAAGCGAUGAAGUUCUUUCAUUGUUUCGAGGAUUGCUAAAUCCCUUGCAGGUGAUAGAUAUCAGCAGAACUGCACCAGAGAUAGUGGUUCGUUGGCUGCCACCAAAAUGCCGGGUUUUAGUCGCGGGAGGUGAUGGUACUGUUGGCUGGGUGCUCAAUGCCUUGCACAAGGUGCCACAUAUCAAGGCAUCAGUUGGUAUCCUGCCAAUGGGAACAGGUAAUGAUCUGUCGAGGGCCUUAGGAUGGGGAGCGACGUGCGACUCAGUCUUAGAUGCACAUUCCAUAAUUGAUUCCUUAACAAGAGCUGUAGAGAAGCCCUUAGACCGGUGGAAAGUGACGAUCACUCCGAAAAGACGUAGUUUGGGUCGCCUUCGCGGACCUCGUGUACUAUACGCGUAUAACUACGCAAGUAUUGGUGUAGACGCACAGGUCGCGCUCGACUUCCACCAUGCGCGGGAGCAGUUCCUCUAUCGAUUUGCAAACCAGACACUGAAUUACGUGGCCUAUUUAGUGCUGGGCGUUGGUCGUGCGUUGGACGAUGGCGGCUGUUUUGGUCUAGAGCGGCGUAUGCGCGUGUAUGCGCCUGAGCAGUUAUCUUUACCCCCGCUACAAGCGCUUGUCGCACUCAAUAUACCGUCUUGGGGUGCUGGCGUCGACCUUUGGAGUAUGGGCAGUGAAGAAGUACCUGAGCAAAGUAUGAAUGAUCGAAAGCUGGAGGUAGUGGGAAUAUCAUCUUCAUUCCACAUAGCGAGGCUCCAAUGCGGUCUCGCAGAACCAUUCCGUUUUACGCAAGCUUCCGAUGUAAGGAUUGAGUUGGAAGGCUCUUGCGCUAUGCAAGUAGAUGGCGAGCCUUGGAUGCAAGGACCGGCGACAAUUCUAAUACAGCACGCCGGACAGAGUAUGAUGCUUGUACCGUCUUAAAUGUAAUUUGAAGCAAUACGUAAUUUAUUGUUAAUACGUAGCUCUACUGUGUCCGACACGUACUAAAUAAAACAUUUACAUAAAAAAAAUGUUAAAUAAAAUAGUUUUGCAUUCAGAGGAUUGUGUAUUUCUAAUACAAAUAUAUUCCAUAACUUUGUUACUUGUGGACUUACCAUUAAUUUUCUAAUACUUUUAUAAGCAAAUAAAGUUACGAUAUUAUUUGCUUUAUUCGACGAAUGAUUUUUAUUUCGUAGUACAAACACGUAAUAAAUAACGAACGGGCAACUUAAGCCGUAAUUUUCUUCAAAACCAUAGAUAGACACUCCACAUUUAAUUCAGUCUCAAUGUAAUUCAAGCCAAUAUUAAACUUCAUGAAUAAAUAAGUUUGACAAUUCUUUUUAAAAAAUGGCUUCCUAUUAUAAAAAUGAUUUUACCAAAAUUAUAGUUGAUAAAAAUUGAUGACUUUGACAAUUAUGAUUUUUAAAAGUUUGAAAUCUGUAAUUCGAUUUCGACACUGGUUAGUGACCUAAGCAGUUCUCGUAAUCCCGCGACACUAGUUAAUAAUAUGGUGAAACUUGCUUAUUUUUUUCGUCCAUAUUUACACAAAAAGAAAAAUAUUCAAACAAACCAGAUAAGACAAUCGUAAUAAAAUUUACCAUCUUACGUCAGUGCCGCUACUCUGUUAUUUCCAUCAGCGAUACCACUUAUGCAAUGAUGUAGUUGCUUGGGAUUCGCGUGGUAAAGAAACUUAACAUUGAUAACGCAGUCGCUAUUGGGAGUUACAGCGUACCGACAGUUUUUAUAUUAACUAUCCUUUAAAUAUCGUAAAUUGCAGUAUUGUCAUUCUUUUAUAUUAAAUUAAAACUAAGAAUUCCAAAUAUUAUAAUUAAGUAUCAUACCCAUUUUAUAAAACUUAAAUAUUUAAUUAUUUGUGUGUCUAGUGAUGAAGGUUUCUGUGUUAUUCGUAUUUUCUUAUUAUCGGUGUAGUUUUGAGAAUUAUAUUUAAAUAUUUAGAUGCCAAAGAUAUUGAUGUUGUGUGUUUUAAAUAAAUAUAUGCAUAUUAGUUUUGUUUAUAUAUUUUCA